AUGUUAUUGCUGAUAGAGGAUUUGUAUGCGUAUGUGAACAUCCUCUACCAGUCCCCAGAUGUAAGUGUAAUGUGUAGCUCUUGAGCCCAAGAGGAUGCAAAGGCAGUUAAGUUAUCUUCGGGGUCGUGUUGCAGUAGUCUGUAAAAGGUGGAUAGGCAUUUGGUUGAGUCUAUUAUUGGUUUUAAUAUUUGAAUUUUGACAAUAUUGCUUUCUACUAUUUCAUAAGGUGUUGGAGUGGGAGUAUGUAUUUGACUCAGAAAGCAAUGAAACACAUAAUGUAUCAGAAUGGUAAAUUAUAUACAUAUUCUUUAAACCUGAAGUGAUUUAGGGGUUAACUCUAUAUUCCUGCCAACCUUUUUUUUUUUUUAAAGUAUCAAUUAAAGAGGAAGUGGCACUUUAAUAUAUCACCCUUUUAAUAACUGUGGGAAACAAUUGAUUAAACAUGUCGCCAAUAAUGGUGACUUCACAAACAGAGGAUCAGAGGUGCAAUAGGGAGACUCUCCUGGAUCUAGAAGCAUUAUGCCAUGACAAAAGGGGAGACUCUGUAACCUAAAUAGCUUAAAGAACACCCCGAUUAAGACAAUGGGGGGCUUCAUCAGACAGUUAGAACCUGUCAGGAAAGUUUUAGCUUGAGACAAAGGAGGGAAUUAAUGAAACUUCCCUGGAUCAUAAUCUGUUCCAAUGUAUUAUUCUCUAGAAAAAGUUUUCUUCUUUUUAUAUUUAGACAGAGUUUUGUGUUAUGUUCAACUAGCUUGAAACAUUGGAGAAACAAACAGUGUAAAAGAACCCCCGAUAAUGGAAUACUUCUCUAGUUAAAAAAGAUUGACAUAUUAAUAAACACAAUGUUCUCUACAAAAACCAUUAAAAAUAAACAUGUAAAAGUCAUGUAAGUACUAUAUAAGAAAAACAAACACCAUAUCUGACAGAUCUUGCUAGAGAAAAAAAAUCAAAUUAUUCACCAAUUAUUCUUUCUAUUUUAUUUGUCUUUUAAGUCACUUUUUUUUUUCAUCAAUUUCAGCAAACCGAGUUCAUUUUUUAAGCCUUUGAUCACAUGUUAAGUUUGUAAUCUGAUUAGAAAAGCAAAGUAAAAUGAAAUAUGCUGAUAAAUGCAUAUAGAAAUGCAGAACUAAAAAAUAAAUAAAUAAAAAACAUACUUAUUGUUUACAAAAUCACUUAAAAUCUGUCAGUGAAGGUAUCUUCAAACCUAUGGUAAAAUUACCUCCUUUCACUUGCUCAGGAAUUUUUACAUAUUUUGAACUGGAGAUCACACAAAUAUGAUUAAUAAUAAUAAUCAGAGUGAUAAAAAUAAUCUAAAUUCACUUAACAAUGCAUCUUAAUUGAGUGUUUAGUGAAUAAAUGGAGUAAUACCCCGGACUAUCCUAUAAUACCAUUAUUCUGAUGGUGUAUACAGUUUUGUAUAUGUGGUGGGUAUUGUGUAUAUGUGGUGGGUAUUGUGUAUAUGUGGCGGUUAUUGUUGUGUACAAUGUAUUGAAAAUUAAUUUGGUCCUUUUAAAUGUAAGCAGAUUAAACUUGUUUUACUACCUGUCCAUGCAAACAUUUUCCAAUCGUGACUUCACUAAUACACUUCUAUUAUUAUUAGUCUUUUUCUUAGACACUAUAUGAAUCAUUCAAUCUCAUAAUAAACUAACUUGUCCCAUCUCUAUCCCUCCUUCCAUUUGUGCAUUUAGUCCAAAUAUCCGCAGAGUCCCACUGGACUGUUUAAUGCAAUAUUCUUCUUAAAGUGAUCAGUCUUUUACAUGUUGCUCUCAUCUUUGCCUACAAACUUGCCUUAAUGUCCCUUUUUGAUGCUUAUGUAAACAUUUUCAAUAUAUUACACAUUCCUUUUAUUUGUUGUUUUAAAUGAAAAUAAACGUUAUUUAAAUAGAGCAACAUAAAAACGUUCAUGUUUAAGUGCAGUCUUACAAAGCUCGAUUUUAUAGUAGGAACAAGGAGUAGUAAAAAAGUCAGUAAAAACAUUUUUCACAUCUCAUGGCCUAUUCCAGUCCCAUUCAACACAAAAGAACUUUCCAUCAGUCGGAAUUGAGCCGCAUUGUGUGCAUCGUGGAACAAGGGUACCAUGCCACUAAUUUUAUCCAUAAGAAUUUCUACUUUAAUUUAAAUUCUGCAUCAUUAUAACUUUACACAUGACGGCACAUAUUGUAUCCACCGCUUUCUUUCUGAUAAUUUAAUCUUAUUUCUUAUAGUAGAUAUUCCACAGACAUUUAUACUCACCUUUUACACCCUUGUACUUCUAGUUAAGAGACAGGCAGUGGUGCAUUGUCAUACAGUGACACAUUGUGAAGUUCUUUUCCAGUCAUAGUUUAGAAAAAUUUAAAUUAAAUGAUGCACUUGUGUAAUAUAAAAUGGAACUUGUGUUCAUAUUUUGUUUAAUAACGUUUAUUGUGUUGAAGACAAUUAAGACAUAUAUUGAUUUUUCUUAAGUUUUUCAAUCUGUGCUUUCAACGUACCCGUUACAGUCUAUAAUAAUUAAAAAUGUUCUUCUUAAUGAAAGCAUAUCAAUUAAACCGUUAAUAGCCCCCAAUUGAUUCAUCUUAUGCACCUGUCAUUAAAAAUAAAAAAAAUGAAAGUCGUCAGUGAAUAAUAUUCUACCAAUCUGCUUCUCUACUCCUACCUUUUGUGUCACUAUACCCCACUCCCUCUAGCAGGUAAGAUCAUUGAGCAGAGCCCUCAAACUCUCUGAUACUCUGCGUCCAAUUUGUCUGGUCACAAUUACAUGUUUGUUAGUCCACCCAUUGUACAGCGCUAUGGAAUUUGUUGAUGCUAUUUAAAUAAUAAUAAUAAUCUAUAAUAUUAUGUAACAUUGGGCAUUAAAAUGAACAAUAAUUUGUAGAAAUUAUGAAUGAAUUUCCCAUCCCACUUCAUCACUCAAACGGUAGAUUAUUGAUUUUCUUUUACAUAUUUAAAUAUUCACAUAGGCUGAACACAGACUUGUGUCCAACAAGUUCAGACUUUCUAACAUUUGUUUUUGCUUCAAAAGUUGGCAAAAAAUUCCAAUUUUGUAAUAAACUAGGUGGGGAAACCUUCUUAUUUGUUUCUCUCUUUUCUUUUUGUAUGGAGUAUCUUUUACUUUGUUUUCGUUUGUUUUACUUUUUUAUUUUUUAUAUCAUCACUAAACAAUUUAAGACGUUAGAUAUAAAGUACAGAUGGAAGACCACAUCAAUUUAGAGCAAGGGAGAACGUUUUUGUCUAGAUAAAUGUCUUAGACUUUCCUGAAUUGCUACUUUUACUCAUUAGUGUUUUUUUCUUUGUUUUAUUUUUCUCUUAAUUUUUUGCUUUUUUUUUACCCCUCAGAUUUUUCCAGUUAAGUAUUACAAAACCAGUUCUUACAGUACAAUUUAAUACUGAUCAUUCUUGAUGAUCACACCCACAUCAAUCAAAAUAGAUCAGAGAUUUCAAUCGAUUGAUACAUUGCAAGGGGAAAAUGAAGAACUAUUAAAUGUAUGAAUUGCAAUUACUUUAAAUAGUAAUCCAAAAAGUGCAAAGCCAGUUAAUCAUUGUAUUUUGUUUUAUUAGUUCACUUGGCGUCCGAGGCAUCAGGAAGUUGAGGACCCGAGAAAUGUAAGUGGUAAAAAAUGAAACCAUAAUUAUGGAAUUAUAUCUCAAUAAAUGUUAGUAAGAUUUUUAUACAAUUGUUUACCAUUCGUGAUUCAUCUAAUGGAAGGUUACAACCAAUCUGGAUUGCAGCAAUUGGUUCGCAGUCAGGGCUCUCACAAUAUCAUUAUAUCCAGCAAUAUCACAUUACACAUUUAAAUAACCACUUACACAGAGCAUACAUAGAAAAGCAUUGUGAGCCAUGUAUGUUGUCUAAAUUCACACAAUGUAUCCCAAAAUAAUGAGGCACAAAAAUAAUAGACACAAAAGGCAAAGUAGAGUAGUUAAUGAGAAAACAUAUAAUCAGAAAUAUUUUUGGUGUUAAUAUAUAUAUAUUACAUUAUUGCUAGAUCUCUACAAUGGACAUUGUUUUUAUUGUAUUGCAGGUGGGAAGAUACUGGUGUUGCUGCAAAGCAUUGAUUAUUUCUAUCACGGCUUGUGCUAUAGCCACAGUUAUAGGAAUUGCUAUAGCAGCAAUUAUUUUAGCUGUUUCAUCAAACACAGGAAAUUCACAACCUACUACCACCCAGAGACCCCCACCAGAUGUACCCACCAUAUAUCAAUACUUUAUUCAGCUUGGAAAAUUACAGGUACAAUGCAUGUCUUUCUCAGUUAAAAAUUGUGCAAUUUAUACAAUAACUUUAGAGUAUUUUCAGAAGUAAUAUAGAUGAGAUAUUUUCAUAUUUUAGGUUAGGUUUUUGAAAAGAGAGAAAGUGCAAAAAUUGAUAGCAAGUGAAAGUUCAAAAAAAGAAAGUGAGAGACAAAGUGUGAAAGAGAAAGACAGAGACAGAGAGCAAAAGAGAGAAAGAGCGAGAAAGAGAGAAAGAGAGAGAGAGAGAAAGAAAGAAAGAUAAAGAAAGAGUGAGAAAGAAAGAGAGAAUGGAAGAGAAGCUAAAAGCAUACCUUAGACAGAUCUUUGGCAAAAGAGGAAUUCAAAUUCCUUCUUUGACUUCACUGAUCCAGUAGAGAGUCUUAAAGCUGCAGCAAUUUGUAGACACUUUAGUUGCAGGCUGCUCUAGACAGGACUUAUGCAUCGGAAAUACUCUCCGCACUAUAUUCUUUGCAACGAUACAAUGUUGUUACAAAACCUAGAGUGACUCACUAAACAGGAAAGUAAAAUGGGAAAGUUUCCAACAGUACAACUCCAUGGAAAUAGAUAAGUUACACAGGUGCCCUUUCAUUUCCAGAUACAUUUGAGCAUUUUAUUCUUUUGUACCCAGAUAGGACAAUAUGAAGGGGGAGGCCUGCAGUGUGUGCGGUAUCGAAGUAAUGGAAGUAAUUACCUAAGUGAAGAAGAAAGAGCAUUUGCGACCAGCAUCAAUGAGAACCGGUCAAAAAUGUCUAUCUGCCUUUUGUACAUCAAAGUGGGAGGCUUGAGAAUACCUAAUUGGAAUUUACAGGCAAAUAUCCAUGGGUUUGUGACUAAGGUACAGUGAAGAACCAACAUAAAUCAUAUUAAAUCUUAUUUAAACAUAACUAAAAUAUAGGCAUCAUUUGUUAGGAAUGAAAAGGUGUCUUAUUGAUGAAGUAUACGUCUAAGUAUUAACCAACUAUAUUUAAAUUCUUGUAUUCACAGUUUUUAAUAUAAAUAAUUAGUUCCUGUAACAUCUCUGCUUAGUUUAAAAGAUCGGAGUAUAUCGUGGGACUAUGGGUUGACUGUAUUUCUGCACUGACACAUUGUUUGAAGCAGAACUGUCACUUCUCUUGAAGUGAUAGUUUUUGUUUCAGUUACCCCUGUAAAUGUUACUGCAAAAAUAUUCUAACUUCCUCUGCAUUCCUACAUUGUGGGAGAUUUUGUCACAACAUGAUGCCUCUACACAUAAUCUGCAUACAGACAUGGACACUCAGGUAGUCCUUUACGCACAGCUUGGGUUAAAUUAUUUCACAUUGUGUGUCUGGCAAAACAUGUCCCUUAAAAAAAUGGGAAAUAGUGCGAUCUAAAGAAAACAUAUUUUGCAUGAUCACAUUUCUCAAAUGACAGUUUGUCUUUGAACCCAUCACUACCAAAAUGUAGUUUUCAUGUAUUUUUGCAGUAUAAAACAAUCCAUAAAGCCUCACUGUCAUUUAUAUUCUAUUUAUGAUUAACAGCUUGUAGAGGAACACAUUUUUCUGACAGAAGACAUUAAUUACUGAUAUAAUACCUGCAACUUUGAUGAAAAUGUAAGCUUACCCCUGGCUUCCUAACAGCAAAGGAAGUUUCAGUGAGUCAAAGCAUUCCUGCACUCAGGGAGGUGAAAGGAGUAAAUGGACUGUACCAUUUCACUGUUCGUGUUACACUAGCUUUCCAGAGUUUGAUAAAGAUUGCUAUAGUAGUUUUGAAUACCUUUAUUUUAGAAAUAUAUGAUUCAACUGUAUUUGCUGUAUAUUCCCAUAAUGCAUAAAUGCAUACAUUAUGUUUACAUUCUGUGGCCAUUGUCAAUAAGGUGCACUGCUAAUAAUACCUAGAGGGUCUUUGCAAAUAUAUAUGUGACCAUUUGUAUUUAUUUAUUUUGUAACACUCACUAUUUGUUAGAAAAGAAAGCACACUUGGCGAACAAGUUUAAAUUCCUACCUUAAGUUUUGUAUGUAGUUUCAGUGCAUAUUGAGCGAGUCAGACUCAGUUAGGAUGUGAAUCUGAAAUGUUUAAUUAGGGAACAUUGUUCACAGGCUGUUGUGUUAAGUCUACCGGACUCACCCAGGCUGAUAUUUGCAAGCUUCUCCCUGUUGGCUAUAUUGAGAUGAAAUAUAAAUUAUGCCUCUGCUAGAGCAAUACAAUAUACGUUAUGUGCUUGCAUGAUGCAAUCGGCCAACGUGUAAGUGCAUGCGCUACAAGAAACACAUUAUUCUUUAACUGUGAACUGAAUACAUUUUAUAGUAUUUGACUAUUAAUCUGCUGGUGACAUUUUCCACUGUUUGCUGCUUCUUAAAAUUGUGCUUUGUCAUUGCAAAUUUUCAACCCACUUUAAUAAAAAUAUAUUUUCGAUUAACGAUAUAGCAAUUAAUCACAAAAUGGAAUUUCUUUUCCUUUCAUUAAAGGGGACAAUAUGGAUUGGAAUUAUCGAUGAAAAUGGCAAACCGGCUGUAACAUACAAUGUGACUUGUGGACAGAUUUUCUUCAUUCCUAGAAAUAACAUUCAUUGGAUAAAGAAUAUUGGGGAUGCAGAGGCAGUUGUGGUUCUGUAUUUUUCCACUCAUGAAGAAUUUUUUACAGAUGAGAUUGAUUUUGUGUUUUCAUUGACACCUGAAGAUAUAUUGACAAGGACACUGCAGGUAAAUUAAGAAAUUAUUUUAUAUUUUGAUAUCUGAUGAUAUUUAUAGUAAAAAAAUAAAGAGUUUGGGCUAAAAAGUCUUAUUAGGAUUUGCAGUGCACAAAAUGCAUAAAUAUAUAUCAGAUACUCCACACCUGCAGCAAACACAAUUAGGUAUCAAUGGGGGUACACAGAAAGCGGAUGGAGCAAAUGUGCAGAGGCUACUGACAAAAAUAAAAUUAGAGAUUUAUUAACAUUUGAUCAUUUUAAAAACUUUAGAGGAGUCACGGCACCCUAUGCUUAAAGUACUAAUAUAAACACCAUAACCACUACAGUUCAUUAUAGUGAAUAUAGAGCAAAUAGUAAGUGGAUGCAAUCCUCCCGCAGUCACUGCAACCUAAUAAACCUACAUUCGAACAUGUUGAUACUUAGAAACUUACAAUUCGUAGGCUACCAUUUAUCCUUAAAGAAAAUGUUUCACCUGUUAUUACUAUUGUUAUAAAACUCCAGCAACGAGGUAACGAGGUGUAAAGAAUGCAUUGCAUAGACUGGGGUAGGCAACCUUAGGCACUCCAGAUGUUUUAGACUACAUCUCCCAUGACUCUUUGUCAGCAUUAUAGCUGUAAGAGAAUUAUGGGAGAUGUAGUCCACAACAUCUGUUGUGCUGAAGGCUGCCUACCCCUGACAUAGACCUUCAACAAUGACACAAUAUUUUGGAUACAUUUGCAGACAUUUGUAGUGUAAUAGAAUGUUUUUAAGCCUCUUUGUAAAAGCUGGCACAGCCAUACUCAAACAAGCCAAACAAUAUCUAAUAACAUCCGAUGGGAUAACUAUGGCUUAUUUAAGCGACUCAGCUUCAUGGUUUAACCCAUGGACACUACAUGUUAACAGGGCCAGAUUAAGAGCCCAGUGGGCCUGGUGCUGACAAUUAUGAUGGGCCUAAUUAAAGAAUCUUAUCGACCAAAAACACUUAAACAACCAUACCUCCCAAGCGUCAUGUAUCUGAUGGAGAUGGUGUUGGAGGGAAACUCAAAGGAUGCAGCUAUACAAAAACACAUACUUUAUACUAAUCUCUUUAUCUAAUUCAUGCUUUCAUCUUUCAAGUAAAUCCAUAACCCCUAACAGCAGUGUCCAGUGAAGCAGGAAGUAAAUGGGCUGGGUAAAAGGGUGUGCCACUGAUGCGAAUCACGUGACAAGACCUGCCAAACGGGGUGAACAUGCCCAAAAAGGGGGCAUGUCUGUCCAAAGAAUUGGAAGGCCAGCCUGGCACAAAUGCAUGUCAGGCUGCCUGCCAAUCAUGCAUGAUGUCCAACUAAGAGCAUACUAUGCAGGCAGCACCCUGAGCUUGACAUAAAUGCCAGAACAACUACAGCUUAUUGUAUUUGUUCUGGUAAGAAGAAUCAUUCCCUUCAGGCUUUUUGCAGUAAACACUGUCUUUUCAGAGAAAAUAACUCCACUGGCAACUCCUUAGAUGACUGCUAGAGGUGCUUCCUGGGGCAGUACUGCCUAGUGUGCAGCACUGUCAUUCAGUGUCUCCACCCUUUGCAUGCAGACACUGAACUUUCUUCAUAGAGAUGCUUUGAUUCAAUUUAUCUUUAUGAGGAGAUGCUGAUUGGUCAGGGCUAUGUUUGACUUGUGCUGGCUCUGCCCCUGAUCUACCUAGUUGACAGUCUCAGCCAAUCCUACGGGGAAGAAUUAUAAUUUGCUCAGACCACCACCUCUGAUGAUGUCAGCAGACAGAGUCAGUUCAGAGGCAGAGCCAGCAUCUGCAGACUACAGAAUACAAGUAAGAUUUUACUAUAUUUAGGGAGGCAAGAGGUGCCAAAAAUUCAUGAUUGUGUUCCUGACCCUAUAGUGUUCCUUUAAGCAAGAGUAUGUGAAGAGUAGUUAGGGUUGCCACCUUUCUUGAAAAAAAAACACCAGCCUUAAUCAUUUGUAUAAUUAAUUAGUUAUGCGUAACAUCACAUGAUGUAAAUCACAAGGAGUGACAUAAGAGAAAAUUAUGUAAAAUCACCAACAAACUACUCACAGUUUGAUUCUGCUCUAUAGAUGAAUUGCUCCCAGUUUUUCCCUGUCUCCCAGUCUCGCAAGUCACCCAGUGUCUCAGUGUAUCACAGUGUCAGUGUCCCCAUGUCGCCCAGUCACCUAGUUUCCCAGUGUCUCAGUGUCCCCAUUUCUCCCAGUGUCCCCAUGUCUCAGUAUGUCCCCAUGUCACUAGGAUACUAGGGGACACAGUGAGACAUGGGGGCACUGAGAGACCCGGGGACACUGGGAGACAUGGGGCACUGAGACAAUUGGGAACACUGGGAGACAUGGGGGCACUUGUGAAUACAGACAUGGGGAUACUAGGGAAUCAUGAAGACACUGGGAGCAUGGGGGCACUGAGACAUUUGUGGACACUGUGAGAAAUGGGGACACUGAGACACUAGGGACACAGAGACAUGGAGACACAGACACUGGGAGACAUGGGGACACUGAAACAUUUGGGGAAACUAAGACACUAGGGACACUGGGAGACUAGGGGACACUGAGACACUAGGGACACUGGCCGGGAGACAAAUACUUGGGGACACUGGGAGACAUGGGGACACUUGUGGACAUAGACAUAGGGACACUGGGAGACAUGGGGACACAGACAUUUGGGGACACUGGAAGACAUGGGGAUACUGAGAGACAUAGGGACACAGACACUGGGAGACUUGGGGACACAGAGACAUGGGGACACUCAGGACACUGGCUGGGAGACAUGGGGACAUGGGGACUCUGGACACUGGCUGGGAGACAUGGGGACAUGGGGACUCUGAGUCACUAGGGACACUGAGAGACAUGGGGACACAGACACUGGGACACUAAUGGAAACUGGGAGCCAUGGGGACACUGAGCCACUAGGGACACUGGCUGGGGGACAUGGGGACACUGGGAGACAUGGAGACACUGUGUGCCUAGUGUCUCCGUGUCCCAAUAUCUCAGUGUCUCCCAAUGUCCCUAUGUCUCACAGCGUCCCCAUGUGUCUCAGCGUCCCCAUGUCUCACAGUGUCCCCUAGUGUCUCAGUGUCCCCAUGUUUUCCAGUGUCCCCAAGUAUCUCAGUGUCCCCAGGUCUCCCAGUGUCCCCUGGUGUCUGUGUCCCUGUGUGUCUCAGUGUCCCCAUGUCUCCAUGUCUCCCAUGUUUCCCCCAUUCCUUACUUACCUGAGCUGUAGAGCUGCUGUCUGGCUUCUCCCCCACAGAUCAGUGAGUAGUAGAGAGAGGCAGGGAAGGAUAUGCUGUAACUUCCUAUCCCUGCCUCUCUCCACACAAAGUGACCCCUACUGGCCGGUGAUAGUAUUGCAGGGUGACUUAGAGAAUGGUUCCAGUUUGGCUAUAUUGACCUUAAAUAUAAAAUACCCUUUGAAUUCUCCGUUUAGUGAAUACCUCUACACAUGUUCCAUGCCCACUACAGAGGAUUGAAGUUAUCACGGUGCCUAAAGUGCCCCUUUAUUAAAGAUUGAUAAAUCAAUUUUCAUUUAAUUAUAUAUUUUAGCGCAGAAGUAGAGAUUUGACAAAUUAUAAUUUAUUACAUCAGUAAAUGCAACAAUGAAAGGCAAACAAGUUGGUUACCAAAGUUAGGGGCAUCAGUUAUUAAAAUCACAGAUUUAGUUAUUAUGCUAAGGGGAAUAGCAGUAUAAAUCUCACAUAGACAAAUUGCAUUAGCAAUAAGGAGCAGUUUUUGACAAUUAAUUAUUAGACGUUUCACUGUAUAGUUACUAAAUUACACAAAAAUACACUCUCAAAAUGUUUAGAGCUAUCAAAAAUACUGCUAUGUAACAUCCAUGUUUAAAAGCAGAUUUACCUUUACACCAGUAGUUUUAAAACAGGAAAUCUUAAAAUGUAAUUUUCUAGAGGUACUUACAUACUAGACAACACUAAGUAAAAUCACAAAAAGUAGCCACUGUCUGUAAGAAAUAGGAAAAGAAAGUCGUUAAAGACAUUAUCAUUGGUGCAGAAACUUUUCUUUUCAUAAUGCCCACUAAUGUGUGAGUUCUAUGCAUCGUUUUUUCAGGACAGCGGCUUGUAUCAAUAUUGCAUCAGUAUUCUGUUGAACAGAUAUACAGGGUUCAGGAAGUGUUCUGAAAAACACUCUCUAGAGUUAGGUGGUCUUCGACACGCAAAUAUUGUGAACUACAUCUCCCAUAAUGCUAUAAUGCUGGCAGUGCAUCAGAGGAGAUGUAGUCCAUAACAUUUGGAGUGUCGAAGGUUGCCUAUCCGCGAGAGCAUGGCUUUCCUCUUCAAUCGGCUGAACAACUAACUUUGUUUUAAAACCUUACCAUAGAAAGUGAACAAAUUUAAAUAAUAUGUAGACGAGUUUCUACUUCUGAGAACAGAUUGUGAGUAAAUCGUUUUUUGAUACGUUUACAGGUUUAUUCAUUAAAUUCAAAGUGAAUUUCAAAUUAAAGGUCAAAUGGAAUCAUUCUCUAAGCCAGGUAUGCUUUCCAUGCAGCUACUCUGGCCUUACAUUUGAAAUCAAUUUUGAAUUCACUUUAAAUCCUCACUAGUAAAUACUGAGUGUAUGUUACUGAAAUAUGGUUCUCCUUUUCUGCAGCCAGAAGGCGGGGUUGAUUUUAUCAGGAGCUUCGAACGACGCAAUCAAAGCAUAGUAUUAAAUCUUCCAUCAAACCCCACUGAUUCCAUCACACGCCAGUACCCUCAGUCAGACAUUACAUUGGUCUGGAAGUAUUUUUAUGAUCUUGAAGGUAUGAUUAAAACACCCUUAAGACUUCCUUUACUGCUUUAUCCAUAUGUCUCUGAGUUAGGACUAAUAUUGUCCAAGAUUAAUUAGGGAUUUCUGCUCUGGCUGUCCAACAUCCCCGUCUUUUGUCCAUCCAUAUAAUAAAAUAAAUGGGUUUAUGUACUUUAGUUCCAGUAGAAAGGUUUUCUAGUGUUCCUGUUUGGAAUCUUGUAUGUUGUGCUCUGUAUGCUGCUAAAACAUGUAAACAUAAAACAUACACAUAGCAAAUUCUAAGUAAAAAAUAUGUUGCCUGAAUGAUGGAUAAUACAAAAAAUAAGACUGAACUAGGUAUGGCCAUUCUUGAGCUGGUGUUAUUUUUAAACCAAUGAAUAAGUGGAGGAUUCACUGGUCCUAUAGCUAUAAAGUCAGAGGGUUCAUAAUCCUUUUGGCCACAUAAAUUUCUCUUUAUUGAACCCGACCUCCCAUAUAGGACCUGUUGAUGCUUAAACCCCUGGCCUGAGACCUUUAGAUCCCCCUCCUCGAAGAAUAGUAGUCCUAGAUCUACUAAACAGCAGCAACCCAUAGUAUUUAUUCUACAUACAUUCUCAUUCUAACAACUAUUAGAGUCAAUAUACUAAUAAAAAUAAAACAAAGAUACAUACCAAUGAAUUAUUGAUAAAAGCCAAAAUACAAGCUAAAAUAACCCACCACAAACUGUAAUAAAAUAAAAAAUACUGAUUGCAAGAAAAAAUAUCUAAAAUUAAAUUAAUCCAUGGUCUUCAUACUUGUCUAUUGGCUCAUGGGCUAAUGAAUAACUCUUGAAGAGAAUAGCUUGAAAGGCCUUCAGUAGACUGUGCAAAGCCAACCAAUCAUGAUGCAAUCUCAGGCAAGUCUUAAUCCCACCCAGUUUGCCUGGUCAUCUCAAGAGUAAUACUUGCCUGGGAGAGCACUAUUAGUUUUGCAGACCUUAUGAUUAUACACAGCAAGUGUUUCUCACUACGUCAAGUUUCUGGUACAUGCGAUAAAUGGAAAACAUAUGCCAUUUUAUCUUGAUUCUGAAAACAAUUUGUUCAGAACAUUUGUGUCUAGCAAAGGUGUUUAAAAAGGAAUUACAAAAAGAUUUAGUGGCUCUUUGAAAGAAAGGGGUUAUAUAUUUUAUAAGUAUAGCGGCAGCUAAAUAUAAUUGUGUGCUGUUGUGCUUAUGUUAUUGUAUGAAAUUAAAAUAAAAAAUGAAAUUAUAAAAUAAAAAAAAAUCUAUUUCUGGCAAUUAGCAAGAUUCUUAUCCCUGAAUAUAAAAUCUGUUGCAUAUCUUGUUUUUUUGGUGUUAUGCCAGAUUCAUAAUAUACUGACAUUUAUUUAUAUACAUUUUAAUUGUACAGGUGCAAGAAAACUGGUUUACAAUAGAGCAGAGACGGCCUGGGCAGGUUUCUACCAAAAUACUACAGGACUGAUAGAAAAUGCGAUUGUCUAUGGCAAUUCUGUAUUCUCGGUAAAUGCUUUUAAUAAUGUUUUUACUUGUUGUUACACAUUUUUCAUGAAGAAAUUACAGUAUGUACAUUUAUUGUAAUCCUUUUCAUGCUUUUAUUGUGUAUAUUACAAUAAAAUAGAAUGAAUUUGAUAUUUUUUAGAAGCUCCAUUACCCAGUAUGUACUGAAACUAACCUCUUUUCACUAACACAAAUUGGGGUAUCUCCUGUUUUUUUGUUUCUUGACGCCAUACCAAAACGCAGUUGUUUACUGAAUGUCUUACCUCCAUAGUGUAUUGUACCCGGCAAGCUUCUUCAUGUACAGUGUACUAUGAGGUCUACUGCUAUACCAUAAAGCUCCUAGUUAAUGCACUUCUUCCAAUACACAGUAAACCCAAACCUAUGGCUAUCAAUGCUUUUCUAAAUAACAUUUCAGAGUGACUCUAAACUAUCUUGAAUAAUAGAUCUGCAGAUCACCUAAAGAGUGUAGACCACCAGGGUUCAUCAUUGAUCUGGGAGUAUCCAGAUGUAUGUUUCAGAGAAUGCCUUUCACCCUCUCUAAAUGCCAAAAGUGGCAUAUAACUGCAGGUAUUUAGAAAGCACUACAGCUAUAGUUAUGUCCUCUGGUCCUCUUUUGUUGCCCAAAAUAUGUCCACAUUGUGAGUGCAAGUUCACAAUGGCAUUGUAUUAUUCUGUACCGAUAUCAUUCUGCAUAUUCUAAUUACUUGCCCUCAGUUUCAUUAUUUCAGCAUUUCUAAUUUGUUCACAAGUGUUUGGCUCUUGUACAAUAGAGUUGUGUUUGUUUUUUUAUUCCAGGACAUUAAUGCUUCCCUCUUAUUCAGUAUUACUCUGAUUCAAUAUUGAAUAAGCAUACUUAAAAUUUAGUUGUUUAAACCCUAACUCAAUAUUGGAAGUUCUGGGUUACAAAUUGUGUGGCACAAAUAUGUCUAAUGAUACUCUCACACUGUACCUUAUUGGCAGGGCUGGAAUUAGGGGUGUUCAAGCUGUGCGGCUGCACAGGAUACCUUGUUGAGCAGGGUGCGCCAUCCGGCCCACACAGCUCACACAUGGCCAGCCUGCAUAAAAAAACAACCAAAAAAAACCAUCCCAAUAUUGCGGCGGGGUCGUGGCUCAUCAUGCGGCGGGGCUGGGCUUCCUGUGUGGUUGGGCGGAGCUAAACUGACUGCGGGGCCAAAGCUAAAAGUGAGGGGAAACUGCUGCAGGGGAAGAAGGAAGGAGUCCCUGCUUCCCCAACAACCAGUCUCCAGGAGCUGUACUGCCUCCACUUCUCCAUAAGGAACAGGUAACUAUGUGUGAUUGUCUGCCUGCGUGUGUGUGUGUUACUGUCUGUCUGUGUGUGUCUAUGUGACUGUCUGCCUGUGUGUGUGUGUGUGCGUGACUGUCUGCCUGUGUGUGUGUGUGCAUGACUGGAUGCCUGUGUGUGACUGCCUGCAUGUGUGUGUGUGUGUGAGACUGCCUGUGUGUGUGUGUGUGUGUGAGACUGCCUGCCUCUGUGUGUGUGGAUGUCUUCUUGUGUGUGUAUGGCUGUCUGCCUCUGUGUGUGUGGCUGUCUGCCUGUGUGUAUGUGUGUGACUGUCUGUGUGUGACUGCCUCUGUGUGUGUGUGUGGCUGUCUGCCUGUGUGUAUGUGUGUGGUACUGUUGCAUGUAAGUAUGUGUGUGUAAGACUGUAUGUGUGGCUGUGUGUGGCUGUCUGCCUGUAAUUGUGUGUGAGUGUGUUUACCUGCCUGUAACUGUACAUGUGUGUUACUGCCUGUACCUGCGUGUUUCUGCCUGAUCCUGUGUAUGUGAUAAUCAGCUUGCAACUGUGUGCAUGUGGUGGCUUUGACAAUGCAUAUGUAUAACUGUGUGCAUCUGACUGUGGGACUGUGUGCAAAUAACUCUGCAAAAAUAUACACCUGCAUUCACACAUAGGCCUAAAUGCAUAUUUUUAUCUGAAUUAAAUACCCAUCACACACAAACAAUAAACCCAGCACAAAUAUCACAUACAAUCAAUACAUGCAUAUCACACACAGUUAAUACACACAUUACAAAUAUCACACACAGCCAACACAUAGCAUACAUAUUACACACCAUUAUCACAUCUAUCACAUACACAGACAACACAAACAUUACAUCAUAUAAUAGUGAGAUGUAUUACAGUGGAGCUCUGGUAUAUGAAAUGCACAUUACUCUGUGUUUUAUAGUUAGGGAGCUCCGUGAUACACAGAAGACAUCAACACUAGUGUUGUGUAGUGUAUGAUCUUGCCACAGAGCUCCACAUUACUGGGAGUUUUAUUGUUGUGGAGCUCUGUAAUAAAUGGAGAAGUAGUGCAUUACUACAAAUUUAUAUUCCAAAGGGUCAAGGUAAAUAAGUAUAAUCCAGAGCUCCAAAGCAAAACCACUCACAGUAUUAUGUGACAUACUUAGUCUGUAAUGUAGGGGAGGCAGUCUGGCACUUCUGGCCUGCACUUCUGUUGGGCGCACACCAUAAGUAGCUGUCUUCCUAGCUCAGGAUAAUCAGAAUACUUCCGCAUAUUACCACAUGACACUGCAAGUCCCUGAGCAUGCGAGACAGUUACGCAUGGUCUGCACUCAGUAGAGGGGCAGACCAGAUUCAGAUCAGCAUGCUCCUCUCCCAAAUAGGUAACAACAGGAAAGAAGGAAUUAAUACAUGUUUUUAAAUCAUUAUUAAUUUAAUAAAUCCCCUAUACAAUCACUACACUCCUAUACACACACUAUACAUGGAUGAUGGAGAGGGGGAGGGGGGCAGCCGUGAAGAUUUUUCACACAGGGCGCCUAAAGGCCCUGCUUGUUGGUACUUGGUUUUUAGUGUUCACAAGAAAGCAAACCCAGAUCACUUGGACUGGAGCCCAGAUGGGUACAACCCAUAUACAGUACAAUCUGUACUGUAGACUAUUUUCCCUUUGAUGUCCUGAAUGAUGAGCUGGGUCACAGUUGAUUCUUGAAUAAUAAUAUUUUACAAUAAAAUAUUCUACAGUUAAUAAUGCUUUGAAUAGAAAUAUGCACAGGUAUACUCAGUUCUAGAAAUGCUUAGUCUACUUAACUAUUAAACAACUAUGAUAUCUAAUAUAAUGUCACUAAGCCAUUUAGUAACUGGCAUGGAUAGUAAAUAUAUAUAUAUAUUUAUAUAUAUAUAUAUACACACCAAAUUAAUUUAAGGGCAUUGUUAAUCAUUCAAGGUCAAUUAAUGAUCUAUGUUGUCUUAAACAUCUGCUCUUUAAGGAUCUAUUACACACUGGCUCCCAAGAAUUCAAAUUAGAAUGAUUAAAAAAGCAGUGUUUUAGUAAAUGUUCAUAGUUUUAUUGAAAUUAAAUUUUUUAAAUUAAAAUACAAUUCUAUCAUUUUUCGCAGUAUCCAGACUCAUUGAGCCUUGGAGUUCUUCGAAUACUACCAUAUGGACUUUGGCUGCCACAUUACAACUUAAACGCACAUGAGAUGGGAUAUGUACUAAGAGGCUGUGGAAAGGUAAACAAUAUUAAAUAUAUCACUUCAGUAGCUAGAAAUUUGUACAUGGGAACAUUAAACAGGAAACAUAAUUCCAUAGUAAUGUAGGCUAAAAUAAACUUCUGACUUUCAAAUAUUUUUUAAAGAGCUUCACAAUUUUGAAAUGCAGUGGGGAACAAAUCUCCAAAAUGUGGCCAUAUUUUACCUUCAAUACACAAAGUGCCACCCCACCAACAAGAUGCCACCCCACAUUUAGCUAUGAUAUUCUGCAACAUGUUUUUUUUACCAAAAAUCUAUGCAGCUAUUGUUUAGAGAUGGAAACUUCUUCAUCUGUACUCUUCUGACUGUAAAGAAAUGUUUCUUUCUGUAAAUAAUAAUUUGAUGUAGGCGAAAUCUACUUUCUUUUAAUCUCAGUAGAUGGCCUCUUGCCCUUUGCACAAUCCUAUUAAUGAGCAGGUUAUCAGAGAGGCAUUUACAGUGGACCUGUAUAUAAUCUAUAUAAUGUUCAGGGCGGCUCUAGACUUUACGAGGCCUUAGGAAAAACUCAAACGUGAGUCCCCUACUAACACCAUUAGUGAAAGAAAUAGGGGUUACCGUGUGUGUGUAUAAGGAGCUGUAAAUAUAUUGAAUGGUGGGAUUGCAGCGUUGGAUACUUUAGAGGCUUGCAUUGUCGCGGCCCCCAUGAUGCUGUGUUGUGAGCUCUCUGACUGUAGUUAUGGGAUAAUUUGCAUUAAAAUAAUUCAAUUUGCAUUUAUGCUAUUGUUUAAACACGAUUGCGGAGUAUGGUUGUAUAGCCUGGCGGUCGUGUAUACAUAAAUGCCAGUGUGAAGGGGUUAUUUGAAACAAAAAUGUUUGGUUGGGCUUUUAAAAUUUUUUUUACCAAAUAAUAAAGUUACAGAUAAGAAUACAAUGUCAUAGACAUUUUUCCCCACAUAUGUUAUAAUCCUUUACAUGUAUAUAAUUAUAUAUGUGUAUGUAUGCAUAUAAUAUAUGUGUUGCUUGCAACUUUACCUUUGCAUUGCCCAUACCCAGGGCCAGCCUUAGGCAAUUAGACGCCCUGUGCGAAAUGUCUUCACAAAGCCCCCCCCCCACGUUGCCUGUAUACAGUCACACGCACAGGCAGACCGUCACACAAACAGUUACAUGCAGACAGUCAAAAACACAGUUACAGGCAGACAGUCACAGAGCCAAACACACAGUUAAAGGUAGACAGUCACACACAGUUACAGGCACACAAUCACAAACAGUUACAGGCACACAGUCACACACAGUCACAAGCAGACAGUCACACAUACUCCAUUACAAGCAGACAGUCAUACACACUUGGUUACAGGCAUGCACACACACACUCAGUUAAAGGCAGUCACACAUACAGGCACAGGCACACACAACGGCACAGCUACAGUGACACACACAAUUGGAGUCACACACAGUCAGACAGUCACACACACACACAGUCUCACACACACACAGGCAGGCAGUCACACACACAGGCAGUCAGAUAGUCACACACACAGGCAGGCAGUCCCAAACACACACACACACACACAAACACGCAGGCAGUCAUACAGACAGUCUCACACACACAGGCAGACAAUCACACACGCACACAGGAAGGCAGUCACACACACACACACAAGCCCCCCCCACGCACACACACAGUCACACACAGGCAGGCAGUCACACAGACAGACAGUCACACACAGGCAGGCAGUCACACAGACAGACAGUCACACACAGGCAGGCAGUCACACAGACAGACAGUCACACACAGGCAGGCAGGAAGACAGUCACACAGACAGUCACACACAGGCAGUCAGACAGUCAGACACACACACACAGGCAGGCAGGCACACACAAAGACAGACAUUCACACACAGGCAGGUAGUCACAGUCACACACACAGGCAGUCAGGCAGAUGCAUACACAGGCAGUCAGACAGUCACACAGACAGGCAGUCACACACACACAGUCACACACACAGGCAGGCAGUCACACACACAGGCAGGCAGUCACACAGACACACACACAGGCAGUCAGUCACACACACACACAGGCAGUCAGUCACACACAAGCAGGCAGUCACACACACUGGUAGAUAGACAGACAGUUACACACACACACACACACACACAGGCAGGCAGACACGCACACAGGCAGGCAGACACACACAGGCAGUCCCACACACAGACAGUCACACAGACAGUCACAGACAGACAGUCACACACACACACACACACAGGCAGUCACAUGGACCGAGGACCCGACCAAUCACUCUACCCUAAGGUGAUUUAGUCGGUCAUGAGGCUCCAACCAGCACGAGGCAUUAGGUGGCCGCCUAAAUCAUAUAAUUAUAGAGCCAGCUCUGAUUAAUGUUAUCAUAUAUCUUCUGAGAUGCUUUUUUUAUGCAAAAGCUUCUAUCAUCAUAGUAUUGAUUGGAUUUUUGAUGUUUUGAUUGUACUUUUUUCCAAUAAAUGGGAGAUUUGUUUUUGUAACUGACUUUAGUGUGAAAUAAUAGCCCAAUGGUUGAAAAUUAUGUGAAGGAGCCUUCCAUGAAAAAAAACUAACCAAGAUGUACUUUGCUAUGGGUAUGGCCGGUCAUCUACUACCAAGAUAUUUGUAUAUAAAAAUAUGCUGUCAAGUAAUAGUGAAUGCUAGAAUAUGCAGAGAAACAUUAAAGGAGCACUAUAGUGCAAAAAAAACAAACUUGUUUUCCUGGCACUAUGGGUCAUUAGGUCCACCAAACCCUCGAGGCCCCCCUACCGCUGGGCUGAAGGGGUUAAAAUCCCUUCAGCCACUUACCUUUCUCCAGCGCCAGGCUCAAUCUGUGCUGGGGAACUCUCCACCCCCUACCAAUGUCAGAUCCGAAUGUGCAUGUAACGGAUCACCUGGCACCCCGACUGGGUACCUCCGUUGAAAGAUGCUCCUAGCGCUUCCUGAGGACUCCAAGCACUGCAGCCGAGACCACAAUCACCGAACCAGAGAAGCGUAUACCUUCUCUCAAGCAUAUGAAUGCUGUAGACAGUUGAAUAGGAACCAUACGAAUAGGUUUACUCUCCUAGCAGUCAAACUGGAACAGCAUACAAUGAAUCCUUCCCCCAAUAAUGAGACGACACUUCACUUUGAGGGUUAAAACAGGAACUCCCUGUACUGUCACAUACAGUCUCUUUUAUUCCCAAUCCACAAACAUAGUACAGCCCACAGGGCGUUACAAAACAGCCAAUCAAUCCAUACAAUACACCCAGACACUCCCACACAAAAUCCUCCCCUCUGCAGGUGAUAUGAUUACUGAACACAAUGGGUAAUCUCAUUAUCACCGGCAGAGGAAUACAGUUUUUACACAAUAUUUAUAACUUAUAAAAUAUACAUGUCACAAACAUAAAACAUACAUUUUCAUAAUCAAUCCAUUCAGGGGAACAACAUAUUAAAAAAUGGCACGAAUCAGACCAGGGGUUCAAAAGUUAAGGGAAAGUCCUUUGUGACUAAAUGAAGCAUGGCUUUCUGGCCCAAACCAGUUUCAGAGUCUUCUAUCCUGGAGAGUAAUUCAAUUAUCUCCCAGGACAGACACAAGACUCCAUUAAGCACAUGGUUGCAAAAAGACACAAAACACUUUAAAAUGCAUAAAGUCACUUUUUACAUAACACACAGACAUUUCACAUAUCCCCAGAUAGCUCAGGUCUGAGCGCACAUUAUUAAGUGAAUGGCGCUCAGACCACACAAAUACAGUUUAAUCGCCAUGGAGCCAAAGUCUUUACAGUCAGUUUCAUACGAAUGGGCUCCAUGGGAUUCCUAUCUGGGGUAUAACACAUUCACAUAAAGUCUGGUCCAUAGUCCAAAGGCAAGAGGCGGGCAAGCAGCCCCCUCCAAGGACACGUGGCGAGGCCGGUUUCGCCACAUUUCUCCCCUUUACCAUCCAAACUAACAGGGUAUCUGACCUCCUGCCGGUCAGUGCCCUGGUUAGUCCAGCAACCCACCCACGAAGCACAAACAGCAAUACAGCCCACCCACAAUAACUGGUUACUACACCUGGAUAAAAUAGCAACUUGUCCAUGUCCAGGUGCCUCACCACAGCUGUGCGGGGGGCUGGUAGACUGCCUUGGUGGGUUGCUGAGUGGGCAGAGACCAGCGGUACUCUGCCCGGGUGCCAGCGCUACCACUGAAGUAGCCUGGUUGGAGCCUGGUUGGGGGAGGGGGAGACCGACUGUCUCCCCUCUGGAUACACUGCUCUGUGGCUGGGGGACAGGACCGACCGUCCCUGCCCCUGGGGCUGCAAGUGCAGAGACUACGGUCCCAUCUGCAUAGUUGUGGGGCUUAACAUCUCCCCUUGGUGGGUUAGGCUGCCGCUGGAGAGAGGGUGUAACAAGCUCCUCUCUCUGAACUGUAGACUGCCGCUGGGGAGAGGGGGUAACCUGCUCCUCUCCCUGACACUCUCUUUGCUGGUGGAGAGGGGGACCAACUGUCUCCCCUUUCAAUAUUUUGUCCUGCGGCUGGGGUGCGAGACAGAUGGUCUCUGCUUCCUGGGGUACACACUGCCGCUGGGGAGGAAGGACGGCACCUUCAUCUCCCUGGGGUACACGCUGCCGCUGGGGAGGGGGGGUAACAAGCUCCUCUCCCAAACAUACUUUCAGCCGCUGGGGAGAGGGGAUAACAAGCUCCUCUCCCUGACACUCUCUCUGCUGUUGGAGAGGGGGACCAACUGUCUCCCCUUUUAAUAUAUUGCCCUGCUGCUGGGGAGUGAGACCGACUGUCUCCGCUUCCUGCAGGACACACUGCCGCUGGGGAGGAAGGACUGCACCUUCUGCUCCCUGGGGUACACACUGCCGCUGGGGAGGAAGGACUGCACCUUCUGCUCCCUGGGGUACACACUGCCGCUGGAGAUCUGGGCCGACCGCCCAGCAUCCCUGUAGGGCCGGUAGAGAGACCGCCAUCCCAUCUCCACCUGCCAUCUGUGGGUCUUCCCAGGACCAGUCUAUGAGGUCCCCUACUUCUGCCGCUGGUAGUGAAGCAGGGGGUACCUCGGCUGCGUUUUCCCAGCUGUAGGUUGGCAGGUCUGGGUCUCCCAGCCAGUUUUCCUGUUCUGUGUCUAUGCCCUGUGGCUGACAUGAGUUUAGUAGUUCCACAUAGUCCAUCUCUAGCUGUCGUUCCAUGGCAGCCAAACGGUGGAGGUCUUGUCCCAGUCCCAUAGAUCUCGGGCCCUGUACCAUCUCACCCAGGUAAUAAAAAAUAGCCCAGUACCAUGACUCUGCUGGACUGCCAAAGUCGACGUCUUCUGCUAAGGCCUUCCACAACAGGCCAGGGCUAGUGUAGUUCUCCCCCUCCGGCUGGAUGCCCUCUGCCCUCCAUGUCUCUGGCUGGACAGUGCACCACCACAGUGCCCGGUAUGAGGCGUCAAGGCUCAGUUCCCUUUCCACGAGGUACUCAAGUUGUCUGACCUGCUGCCCUCCGGGUUGGUCUCCCAGAAGCGGCAUCCGCCAGGCCAUUUGUUCCUCCAACCGGUAUGCGACACCAGGAAGGCGCUGCUGCCGUUGAUACUGGACUUCCUCCAGGGCAUUGUACCAUAGUUCUUGCCGGGCAAUAUCUCUCCAGUCCAAUUCACCCUCUUCCUCAGGUGUGCGAGGUGCCCAAGGAUCCACGAACCCCAUUUUCCCAAAUCUUUAUGUAGACAGGGACGCUGUAUAAACACUAGCGUCGCCUUCAAUUUGUAAAUCCAAACGACUGUGUCUCUGAGCUGCUUUACCUCGCACUAGGACGCCAUCCCACCGCUUGCCACCAAUGUAACGGAUCACCUGGCACCCCGACUGGGUACCUCCGUUGAAGGAUGCUCCUAGCGCUUCCUGAGGACUCCAAGCACUCUGGCAGACACCACAAUCACCGAACCGGAGAAACAAAUAAAUUCUCCCAAGCAUAUGAAUGCUGUAGACAGUUGAAUAGGAACCAUACAAAUAGGUUUACUCUCCUAGCAGUCAAACUGGAACAGCAUACAAUGAAUCCUUCCCCCAAUAAUGAGACGACACUUCACUUUGAGGGUUAAAACAGGAACUCCCUGUACUGUCACAUACAGUCUCUUUUAUUCCCAAUCCACAAACAUAGUACAGCCCACAGGGCGUUACAAAACAGCCAAUCAAUCCAUACAAUACACCCAGACACUCCCACACAAAAUCCUCCCAUCUGCCUGUGAUAUGAUUACUGAACACAAUGGGUAAUCUCAUUAUCACCGGCAGAGGAAUACAGUUUUUACACAAUAUUUAUAACUUAUAAAAUAUACAUGUCACAAACAUAAAACAUACAUUUUCAUAAUCAAUCCACUCAGGGGAACAACAUAUUAAAAAAUGGCACGAAUCAGACCAGGGGUUCAAAAGUUAAGGGAAAGUCCUUUGUGACUAAAUGAAGCAUGGCUUUCUGGCCCAAACCAGUUUCAGAGUCUUCUAUCCUGGAGAGUAAUUCAAUUAUCUCCCAGGAUAGACACAAGACUCCAUUAAGCACAUGGUUGCAAAAAGACACAAAACACUUUAAAAUGCAUAAAGUCACUUUUUACACAUAACACACAGACAUUUCACAUAUCCCCAGAUAGCUCAGGUCUGAGCGCACAUUAUUAAGUGAAUGGCGCUCGGACCACACAAAUACAGUUUAAUCGCCAUGGAGCCAAAGUCUUUACAGUCAGCUUCAUACGAAUGGGCUCCAUGGGAUUCCUAUCUGGGGUAUAACACAUUCACAUAAAGUCUGGUCCAUAGUCCAAAGGCAAGAGGCGGGCAAGCAGCCCCCUCCAAGGACACGUGGCGAGGCCGGUUUCGCCACAGUGCAUGCAUGGCAAGAGCCGCGUACACAUUCAAACAGCCUAUAUGAAAGCAUUACUCAAUGCUUUCCUAUGGACAUCCAGCAUCUUCUCACAGCGAUUUAGACAAUGAGAAUCGCGGAGGCACCUCUAGCAACUGUCAGUGAGACAGCCACUAGAGGCUGGAUUAACCCUCAGUGAAACAUGUUUUCAGCUGCAGGGUUAAAACUAGAAGGACCUGGCACCCAGACCACUUAAUUGAGCUGAAGUUGUCUGGGUGCCUAUAGUGGUCCUUUAAUAGUUAGGGUAGGUCAGUAGCAGCCCCAGAGAGUGCUCUGGUGCAAGAUUUGUUCCCACCUCCAUUGCAAGGUGGACCAAAAGGUUUAUCCCAUCUGUUGUACAACUCCCACAAUGCUUUGCCAGUUUUGUGUCUACCAUUUGCCGACCUUGAAGACACACAUGCAAAUGCACAGAUACACAAUGACACACAAAGAUGCAAAAAUGCAGGUCAAAAUUUACACAUUCGUAGCCACCCUAAUGUUUCCUACGUUUUGGGUCAAGGCUUCUGCUGGCUGAGGCUGUUGGGAAUUAGGAGCUGGCUCUUCCAAUUCGUGCCCUCCCUCAUCUCUACAUUCCCCUCUUGCGCGACUUGGUAUCUGUAGUUGGGAGGAAUGACAGGCUCUCACUUCCUCCUAGCGUGGCCAUUAGUAAAGAGGUCCAGUUGCAUUGUUGUAGGGCUGCAGCAUAUGACCAGGCUCCUGGUGGCACAUGUCCAUUGGGUAAGUGCAUGGGUUAGCUGAGGGGCUCCCUCUGUGGUAGGUCUGCUGCUGGGGUGGAUAGCAAGAAAACUAAUUUCCACAGAAACGUUGGAUUAACAGUAUCAGACACGUGGCACGUGUUAAAAAGUAAUUAUGUGUAACAUUUCAUUUAGUUAUAGGUCAUUUAUUUGAUGUUUCCAUUUUACACAGGUUGGAGUAACAAAUGAGCAAACUAUUGAAUUUGAUAUUGGUCUUGGAGAUGUUGUGUAUUUUCCUAUUGGUAAACAGCACUACAUAAAAAAUACAUGUGAAGAAGACUUGAUAUUGAUACGAGCUUUCAGCAUCUCUCUCGAAGUAAGUACAUAAUACUAUACCUAUAUAAAUGUUUAUACAUAAUUCAUAAACAGUAGCUGGAAAAGAGGUCCUCUGUCAAGGUCCAUACCUGCAAUUGCAGCUAAUGUGAUAUGAACCAUAGAAACAUUGAAAUAUAUCCCGACCACGGUGUUUAUCUAUACACACUGGCAGGUACACUAAAUGCACCACAAUGUACUGCAGAAAAACACCACACUAACAAACCACAAAUUUAGUAGUUACUUCCUAAUAAACCUAUAAAAUCUAAACAUAAAUAACAUCACAAAUAGUUAGUGAAUCCAGCAAGUAAAUGCAGUCCAACUCAGUCCAGUUCUGUAGGGUCUAUGCAAGAUUUUUCCUAGUGGAACACCCUUCACAUUCCAAAAAAAAAAAAAAGUUUGAAAAUCUUGAUAAUGCAGAUCCUUUUUGCGCAGUAUUAAUUAUACCAAACUUAAAAUACAAACAAACAAACUCCCCCUCAAAGGAAAAGCACUCACACUGGCACUUGUAUACAGGUAAAAUUGUACAAUUAAAUUCAUAAGUAAAGUCAGCAAGCGCUCCCCCAUCUUGUCAUCACUGUGCAUGCUAGUAGUAUGGGAUACACAAAGUACUGAUGUUAUGCUGUCCAAAAGGUAAUCAUUAAAUUCUACGUGUUUCACAAGUCUGCACAUACUUCCCCAGGGAAUUAAACAAUUACCUAUUACGACUUAUUUUAUAUACUUACAAUUAACACCUGAAAUAAUCGUUCCCUACAAUCUAACACAAAAUAUUUUCACACAUAUAUGAAGUAUCGCGCUACUUAUAAGGAACUUGCUUGUUUAUUGAACAAUAAUAUAUUUUGUUUCCAGCAAUUCAAGUUCUAACUUUUUAUGAGUUGUAACAUUUCCUUGGUUAUAGUGGAGCUUUUGACCCUAAGAGAAGUGUUUUUUACAUACAUUACAUUCUAUAUUUCUACGCAUUUUUUUUCAUCUUAAAAACUGAAAAUGAAUUAAAACUUCAAAUAUUUGAUAUACAAAAUUAAAAUAAAUAUUUCCUUAAAAUACAUUCCACAUAUAAUUUUUCAAUUCCAAUUAAAAUUAUAAUUUAAAUAUUUAGAAAUACUUUAAAGCAAUUUAAAUACUAAUAAAUUAAAGGUAUACUAUAGUCACCAAAAUAACUUUAGCUUAAUAAAGAAGUUUGGUGUAUACAUCAUACCUCUGAAGUUUCAAUGCUCAAUUCUCUGCCAUUUAGGAGAUAACUUUUGUUUCUGAUUAUGCAGCCCUAGCCACAUCUCCCCUGUCUGUAACUCACACAACCUGCAUGAAAACAAAAUGGUUUAAAUGGUUUAAUUUUCAACCAGAUGCUAACUUGCUUUAAAGUUUUUAUCUCCUGCUCUCAAAAUAAAAAGAAUAAACUGUAAUUACAUAUAUAUUUCUACUCACGGCAUAGUGAGUAGGGGCAUUUGGGAAAUUUAAUUCUCCCUUAUGCUAAUAUGGGGCCAUAUUGACCUCCAUAGAGUGAGGGAGGGAAUGGGGGGCUUAGGAAGUGGUGGGGAGCUGCGAUCCAGUAGCUCCCUCUUUGUAAUAAAAUGAAUGAACGAGCAAACGAACACCGAUAUGCAGUGUUUGUUCAUCUGAAAUUUCUAUUUAUUCCUUCGUCUUUCCGACGAAUGAAAAGACGAAAUUCCCGUCCGAAUUUCGGACAAUAGCGAAUGCCCAAGUGUUUAACUGGGCAUGCGCAGGAAUUUCACAGCGCUAUCUAGUGUGGGCAUAUGACGUGUCCCACAGGGACUUCAUCUGCGCACACAAAGAUGGUGGCGCCCAUUACCUAGGUCCCGGCACGAAAUAAAACAAUAGGUAAUAUGGGGGGACUAUGGGCAUUUGGGGGUGACUUGGGGGACAAAUAGAUGUAGUGGAGUCAGGAGGGGGGUUAGAAAAAAGCUGGAUUCAUCCAUCACAGUGCCGCUUAAGUGUGGGGUUUAUCUCUCCUGCUGCUACGCAAUGAUUGCCCUGUUUCUGCCAUUAGAGGACUGGUAUGAUACAGGGAUUGGUGUGUGAGGGGUAGGAAAGCUGAAAUCUGACCAAGUUUUUAGUAAGUCUUGCAUACUUUUCAAAGUUUUCCUUGCUUUAUUUUGGUUUCAAUAUUUGUUUAAACAUGUUUGUUUGCUGGUUUAAAAUAUAAUUGUAAUAAAGGUCAAAACACAAAAAAUAAUUUGCUCAUACAUAGUUCAUUUUUUAGUUUUAUUUCUAAAAGUAAUGACUUACCUUAAUUAGAGUUGAGUAUAACUACUUAAUUGAAAUACUAAAGAGGCAAUAUGUAGAACAAUUUGAGAUGGCAAAAAAAAAUACUGAUGUGUUUAUAUUUGUUUUUAUUUUAGGUGGAAACACUUUUUAUGGAUUAUUAUUUACAACUGGUACCAUUAAAUAUAUUGGCGCAAACAUUUUAUAAAAGGGAAAAUGAUUUUGGACAAAUUACAUUGAUGAAUUACAAUAUUACAAUUAGGAUUUCUGAGAAUAACAUCUGUAAAAUAAAUCCCAGCUCUGCAAAAACAUCUACAUCAGCAGCAACCAAAACAACAUCUAAACUAUUACAAACCGUAACUACCAGACCAUCAUCAACAAUAUCACCUGUUUCAGGAACAGCAUUAGUUACUGCAGCUACACUGGCAUCAACUGCAAAUAAAACAACUACAGCAACUGUGACAACAUCACCAUCUACACUAGGCACUACAACUGUAACAACAUCAGCAUCUACACUAGGCACUACAGCUGCUACAACAUCACCAUCAACAGUAAGCUCUACAACUGUAACAUCACCUACACUAGAAACCUCUACUCAAAGAACAUCACCCUCUACACCUGGCUCUACAACUGCAACAACAUCACCAUCUACACUAGGUACUACAGCUAUAACAACAUCACCAUCUACACUAGAUACUACAACUGCAACAACAUCACCAUCUACACUAGAUACUACAACUAUAACAACAUCACCAUCUACACUAGGUACUACAACUGCAACAACAUCACCAUCUACACUAGGUACUACAACUGCAACAACAUCACCAUCUACACUAGGUACUACAACUGCAACAACAUCACCAUCUACACUAGGUACUACAACUGCAACAACAUCACCAUCUACACUAGAUACUACAACUGCAACAACAUCACCAUCUACACUAGAUACAACAACCGCAACAACAUCACCAUCUACACUAGAUACAACAACUAUAACAACAUCACCAUCUACACUAGAUACUACAACUGCAACAACAUCACCCUCUACACUAGGUACUACAACUAUAACAACAUCACCAUCUACACUAGACACUACAACUAUAACAACAUCACCAUCUACACUAGGUACUACAGCUGUAACAACAUCACCAUCUACACUAGGUACUACAACUAUAACAACAUCACCAUCUACACUAGAUACUACAACUGCAACAACAGCAGCAUCAACUUCCAUCUCUCUAUCAACACUGUCCACAACACCAGUCACUGA